GUAAUUUCUAAGCAACUUCAAAAUAAACUUAAGAAAGAGAGAAAGAAAGAAAGAGAGAGAAGUGGCUUUGAACCAAAUAAAACUCCCACGAGUUUUCUCUCUCUGCAUAUGCUUCGCAUCUCUCUCUCUCUUACAGUCGGUCGUGCCUAAUUUUUUUGAUUCAAUUUAGCUCGUAAUUCAGCUCAAUUACAUUACCUAAUUCCCGAAAUAAUCCCCAAUUUUUGAAUCGUUUUACUUUGAUCCAAGAAUUUUCCCCAAUUUUCACACUUCGACGGUGCGAUCUGACCGGAGAAAUUGCACUGCAAGUCGGAGAAGUUCAUUUUGAGUGGUAGAAGCAAUGAAGAACGGAGUGAUAGAAUGUAGUGUGUGCCGCUCAAAAUUGUUGUCUCCGAGUUCCAAAACCGUAUCAAGGGCCUAUGAUCGACAUAGGAGUAAGGUUUCAUCCAAGCAACGCGUCCUUAAUGUCCUCUUGGUUGUCGGGGAUUGUUUUCUUGUUGGUUUGCAGCCUGUUCUUGUUUACAUGUCCAAGGUAGAUGGAAAGUUUAACUUUAGCCCAGUCAGUGUCAACUUCUUGACCGAGGUUACAAAGGUCAUCUUUGCAAUUGUUAUGCUUCUAAUCCAGGCCAGACAUCAGAAAGUUGGAGAAAAGCCUCUUCUUUCCGUCUCCACAUUUGUUCAGGCUGCUCGCAACAAUGUGCUUCUGGCUGUUCCAGCACUUCUAUAUGCAGUUAACAACUAUCUCAAGUUCAUUAUGCAGUUAUAUUUCAAUCCUGCGACGGUGAAGAUGCUCAGCAAUUUGAAGGUUUUGGUCAUUGCUGUUCUGCUAAGGAUGGUAAUGAGACGUAAGUUUUCUAUUAUCCAGUGGGAGGCUCUCGCUCUGCUACUCAUAGGCAUUAGUGUCAACCAAAUGCGUACCGUAUCUGAAGGUGCUGCUGCAAUGGCAGUUCCAGUUGCAACAGCAGCCUACAUUUAUACGUUGAUCUUUGUUACAGUCCCAUCUUUGGCCUCUGUAUUUAAUGAGUAUGCUUUAAAGAGCCAAUAUGAUACGAGCAUAUACCUUCAGAACUUAUUCUUAUACGGAUAUGGUGCAAUCUUCAACCUUUUAGCCAUAGUGGGAAUUGCAUUGGUGAAAGGCCCAAACAGUUUUAAUAUUCUUGAGGGACAUUCAAAAGCUACAAUGCUUCUAAUAUGCAACAAUGCAGCACAAGGAAUAUUGUCUUCUUUUUUCUUCAAAUAUGCAGAUACAAUUUUGAAGAAGUAUUCUUCAACUGUUGCCACAAUCUUCACUGGAAUAGCUUCUGCUGCAAUGUUUGGUCAUAAAUUAACAAUGAACUUUGUCUUGGGAAUUUCUAUAGUUUUCAUCUCAAUGCAUCAGUUUUUCUCACCUCUUUCAAAAGUAAAAGAUGAACAAGAAGACACUGUAGAAUUGGUGGACGUACAGAACAACCUCAGGUCAAAGGACUCCUUCCUAGAUAUGGCUGCUGGAGCUAAUGAGGAGACCAGUCAUCGUGUAGGCCCUGAUGAAAGACAACCACUUCUUCCCAGAUGAGACUUUUAUUGUGGGGCUAUAAACUGGAGAAACAUUUCCGAGUAAAAAUCGGACUAUGGCAGCCAUUUACUGCAGAAGCUGGAAUAACAGAAAAUGAACAGAUCACUUCUUUCCUGGUUGAUAUAGAUGUAUACAGCAUUUGUGAAUUGGAUUUGGAGUUUGGGAUGCCUGUAAUGUGUGGUAUCAGGGGCUAGUCAUAUCGGUGCGCUGGCUAGCUUCUCUGUAAUCCCUGCUCGUCAUCAUACGAAGUUAGCAGCACUAAAUUCUUGAGCAUUCUUUUACCUAGGUUUACGUGCAGAAAUUUUCCCCUUCCAUAUUGCCUCAUUUUGUAGUUCUAUUGGUGACACUUUACUGUCAUUCGCCAAAUCUUGAGCUUCUAGCUUAAUGUAAGGUACAAGAUUUUUGAUUAAAAGAAGUGCGUAAAGUAUUGUAAUACUAGAGUAUAAAUGUGCUUUUCUUCAAA